ACAGCAGAAGAAGAAGACUUGUGGGUCCACGCGUUUGUGUGUUUUGUGUUGAAUAAAACUGUGAUCAAUGGCAGGUGUUGAGUUGUUGUCAGAUCAGGGAUACCGGCUGGAUGGACGAAAAGCCUCCGAGCUGCGUAAAUUUCAGGCCCGUAUGAGUGUGUUUGCUCAGGCAGACGGAUCUGCUUAUCUGGAGCAGGGAAACACUAAAGCUCUGGCAGUGGUGUAUGGACCACAUGAGACACGAGGUUCCCGCAGUAAAUCAAUGCAUGAUCGUGCAGUCAUUAACUGUCAGUACAGUAUGGCCACAUUCAGCACAGCGGAGAGGAAGAGACGUCCACAUGGUGAUCGCAAGUCCAGUGAGAUGAGUCUUCACUUGAAACAGACCUUUGAAGCUGCAGUUCUCACUCAGCUCUACCCACGAUCACAGAUCGACAUCUAUGUCAAGAUUCUGCAGGCUGAUGGCGGGAACUACAGCGCAUGUGUCAAUGCUGCUACUUUGGCUCUGGUGGACGCUGGCAUCCCCAUGCGUGACUAUGUGUGCGCCUGCACUGCUGGCUUUGUCGAAGACACACCGCUGGCUGAUCUUUGUCAUGCAGAGGAGACUGGAGGGGGCACUUCACUGGCACUGGCGCUGCUGCCCCGCAGUGGGAAUAUCGCCCUUCUGCAGAUGGACGCCCGGCUCCAUCAGGACCACUUGGACACAUUAAUAGAGGCAGCCAUGACGGCAUGCAAAAGUCUUAGUGAAGUCCUGAAUACUGCUGUGCAGCAGCAUCUGAAGGAGGUUUCAGUUCUUACCAGCGACUGAAGCUGAGCUGUUUAGUAUUUUCCCAUGGCAGGAAGAUUAUAUGACCAAAAGGGCACAUUAACCCACAAAAAAAAAUUACGUUUUGCCUGGUGGAGACACAGAGACUCUCUACAAUAAUUCUAUUUACAUCAUUUAUAUGAAAAUUAAAAAAAAAUCAUUUUCAGUGAUGAGAUUUAUUUUUUUCUUGUGUUUUGUAUAUGUAAAUAUCACACAUCAGGUAAACGUAUUCAAAAUCAUAAAAUAUUCAGCACAGGAAAAGCAGUUUGAUGUCAUUGAUAGCUCAAAAGCUUGAACAACUUACUCUAGUGAAUUAUAGCCAGGAACAGACUGAAUUUUAAAGGAAUAUUCUGGGUUCAAUACAAGUUAUGCUCAAUCAACAGCAUUUGUGGUAUAAUGUUGAUUACCAAAGCAAUCAUUUAGACUCGCCCAUCCUUUAUUAAAAAAAAAAAAAAGCAAAAAUCGAGGAUGCAGUGAGGUACUUGUAGUGGAAGUGAAUGGGGCAGAAAUAAGUCAGAAAUGUGAAGCUAUGAUUUUAUAGAAGCACUUAUGUUGUUAUGUCUGUUAAAACUUGUGUGUUAUUUGAGCUGUGUGUAUUUUUACAGUUGUUUUAGGGUUUGGGUGUAUUAACAUUGUGUCGUCAUGGCAAUAAAGUUGUAAAAUUAGAUAUACGGUUAGUAAGCUAUUUUAUCACGGAAAUCAUGUUAAAAUGCAUAUUGUUUGUGUCUUGUGCUGGACGUUUGAAACAAUUCGUAUUUUUACGUUUGGCCAUCAUUCACUUCCACUGUAAAGUGCCUCACUGUAACUCAGAUUUUUGCAGGAAUUUGAUAUUAGUGUUUGUGGUUAUCAACAUUAUGCUACAGAUGUUGUCAAUUGAGCUUAACUUGUUUUGAACUCGGAAUAAUCCUUUAAGCUAUCGUUCACUGAAAAAGACUGAACAGGUCAUAAAGUUUGAUUUAUUGACAUUAAUGAGCCCUCGGGUUACAUCAAAUGGGGUCAUAUUUGUAUUUUAAAACAAAUAAGAUAAAGUUCCUAAAGCCUCACGUUAUUAUUUUAUCUUCUUUUUUUCUUAUUUGAGACAUUUGUGUAUUCAUUUGAAAUAUUUAACUGCUUAAAUCUAAUAAUUCUAAAGACUGGCAUUUGACAUAAAGGGAAAUCUGGACCGAUAUUCUCAAUUAAAUGUUUUUAUUAUUAUCAUUAUUAUUUAUUUAUUAAUUUAACAUUAACAGGUCUCAACAAGCUGUGACGCUCAUUGG